AUCAAGGGAGUUUGGAAUCUGCUGGGCACUGGGCAGAAAGAAUAUAGGUGUGUGUAUAUUUUUAGUGUUGAGAAAGAAAGUUGAGUUUAUUUCCGUUGUAUCAAAAAAACAAAGAAAGAAAGUAAAGUCAGUGUGAAAGAAAGAUGGGGACAUAGAAGAACUCCAAGCAGCUCAACCUUUUAGAGAGAGACAGAGAGCAAUGGUAGGAAAGACAAAUGUUCUUUUCUAUCAGGAAAAAAAGAAAAGCAAUCAAGAAUUUUGAAAUUUGAAAUCUAGGGAGAGAGAGAAGAAAAAAAAGUAAGAGAGAGAAAAAGGGGAAGAAAAAGGAGGAGGAAUUGAUGGGGAAAAAGUUGAAACGCGGCAUUUUGGUGGGGAAAAGAGUGGGGACUAGUACUCCUCCACCCACAUGGAGAUUUGGGUUUUCUCAACUUGAUGGUUCUCUCAACCAAAAACCCAUUUUCUCUACAACCACAAUUUCUGCUAGAAAGCUUGGUGCCAACCUCUGGGAGGUCCUGCCCCACCACAACCCCACGGCGGCGAAGAUGAGCAAGAGUGGUGGUGCUAGGCUUCCCCACCGCCGCAACAACCACCACAAGGACAAGGGUCUUGAAAUUCCUACCCAACUGGAUCAAGUAGUACCUCCUCCUCCUCCUGAUAGCCCCCUUGAGGAGCCAUCAAGUUCAAGUAGUUUGCGAAGACAUGUUGCAAUGUCAUUGAUUCAACAUCAUCGCUCAGUUGAAAGAAAUGGUCAUGCACUACAGCCCGUGUCGCCUACAAGUUAUAGUAGCUCAAUGGAGGUAGCACCAUAUAACCCUGCAGUCACUCCCACUAGUUCUCUAGACUUCAAGGGUCGGAUUGGAGAGUCAAGUUUCAGUCUUAAAACAUCCACAGAGUUACUCAAAGUACUCAAUCGAAUCUGGAGUCUUGAAGAACAACAUGCAUCCAAUACGUCAUUGGUGAAUGCGCUGAAAAGAGAACUGGAUCAUUCCCGAGGGCAAAUCAAAGAGUUACUACGAGAGAAGCAAACAAACCGGCAGGCAAUGGAUGACUUAAUGAAGCGAGUUGAUGAGGAUAAAAUUGUUAGGAAGAACAAGGAGCAAGAUCGAAUAAAAGCUGCAGUUCAUUCGGUGAGGGAGGAGAUAGAAGACGAGCGGAAAUUAAGAAAGCAUUCAGAAGCACUUCACAGGAAGCUAGCUCGAGAGCUUUCUGAGUUGAAAGCAUCCUUCUCUAAUGCUACAAAAGAACUUGAAAGAGAGAAAAAAGCGCGAAUUUUGUUGGAAGACUUGUGCGAUGAGUUUGCUAGGGGAAUAACAGAUUAUGAACAAGAGGUACGGUCCUUGAAACACAAGCCCGAGAAGGAUCAUAUUCAUAGGGAAAGCCCUGAUCGGUUGAUUCUCCAUCUUUCUGAAGCAUGGCUAGAUGAGCGGAUGCAAAUGAAGCUUGAUGAACCCCAAUACAAUCUUGCAGAAAAAAACACCAUUGUGGACAAGUUAAGCUUCGAAAUAGAAAACUUCCUCCGAGCCAAAAAGCCAAAGGAAAGUAACUUUCGUAGGCAUUCUUUGGAGUCGUUUCACUUGAAUGAGGCUACAAGUGCUCCUCAUAAUGCAGAUGAGGAGGAGGAUUCCAUUAAUAGUGACUCACAUUGCUUCGAAUUGAAUAGGGCUUCGAGUGGAAAGCAAAGUGGCAGCUCCAAACAACUUGGGGAAAAUGGAGCUGAAGACACAGUUGAAGUGAAAAGUUCUCAGAAGAUUGAAAUAAGUGAAGUUGCAAAAGGUAUGCGGGAAAAAAAGAAUAAAAGGGUUGGGAACCCUGGAGUGACUUUGAAUCAUAUGCUGAAUAACUCGAUUAGAAAUCAUUCAUUGUUGUUGGAAGGUGGGAAACUUCACGCAGUGAAUGAUCAGUCAGCACAUACGGGUCAUGCUAGUCCGGUGCAACGGUGGAUGUCAAGAUUCACAGCUCCAGAUAUUGAAGUAUCUGAAACUUCUUCAAGAUGUGCCCACGGUUUGAAACAAAACACCUUGAAGGCAAAGCUACUUGAGGCCAGGUUAGAGGGUCAGCGGUCUCACUCAAAACCAUCCAAGAGUUCUUCGUAGGUUGAUUCAACUGUUGUUAUUUGCUUUCUGACAAAUAAUUUUCUGGUUUUGUGAAUAUCGGCCGAUAUCCUUCUGCCUAAAUCGGGUAUUGCAGUUCAGUAAUUUUCAUAAUAGGUGACAUGUUUAUCUUUUCUUUGUAAUUUUGGAAUUAUGUCUGUACAUGAGAAAUUAAUGUAUUGUUAGCCACAUAGUUACUGAGAUCAAGUAGAUUUCAAGUACAAGUAGUAUUUUGAUUUGAUACACUUGAUAUCAGCUCCAUUGUGCAUUUCUCAAGUUCAAUGUCUAUGGAAUUGUUCAACAACAUUA